GGCAAUCGUACGCAUCAAUUUGUACAGUCUUCGGCGGCACCCCGCUUUCCCCUUGCGCCGAGUUAAGAAAAAGGGAAAAUGUGCAUUACUUGCGGCAUCCGUACGAUGCGAUAGCGAGCGCUGCGUGUUUCUCUGCGUGUAUAUAUGUCGACGCGCGGUGCAAAGCGAGAGACAGAAAGAAAGAGGAAAGGAGAGGGGGAGAAAAGGGACACGCAUCGGUGGAUAUCACAGGUGUUUUUCACGAGUGGGCGACCUUGUGCAAGACGUGCACGGAACCCCGAGGCCCCAAAUAUAGUUCUGAUCACUAGAGAGGGGAAAUGGACCCGGCAGAGCAUCGACAAUGAAAACGCGAACUCAGAAAGAAUCGAUGCCCAUGCGCAGUGGGCGCAGGCGGGGGGGCAGUGAGGAGAGGAGGGGUAGGCGCCCUCACCCCAGCCCCUCGCGCAUUGAGCGCAGUGACAGACAGCCAAGAGCCGCUGGAGAGGAUUUGCCGGUUGGACGUGUCAGUCGCCGGUCCCAUGGACAUGAUUCGUCAGAGAGUGAGGGGGAGGGACUUGUGCCUCCACCCAAGAGACAGAAAGUGCAGGAUUCCUCCGCUUCAAACCCACCAGCCUCUACUCACUCAAUUGACACGUCUACAACCGUCCCACCCCCACCCUCUGGUACCAGCCAAUCACAGGAGAGUGAUAAUGAAGACGGCCAAUCUCAAGGCAGCAGAAGCUCGGUUGGUGGGAGCUUGGCUAAUAGCAGCAGCAGUUUGAGCAGUGGGCGGGACAUUGACCAGGAUAACCGUUCCUCUUCACCGAGCCUCUCUGCGUCUCCCUUGGCCAGCUUGGAUUCUGAAUCCGAUUCCCCUGACUCGCCCAAACAAGGAGAGAGGGACAGGGGGAGGGAGGGGACUCCCCCGAAAUCUGGAGGGGAGGACCGGAGAAGCGUGCUGAGGGGGGAGGAGUGUGCUGGGGACAGGAGAGAUGUGGAAGGUGGAGCGGAGGAAGGCGGCGUGCUGAAGGCCCCCACCCUGGCCCCCUCCCUCAGGGGAGCGGCCGAUUUGGCAGGUGAGGGUGGGGCUAACCGGAAGGCAUACUUCCCCCUGGACUCCAAGCUCCUGAACAAGAUGGAGUACAGCGUCCCCAGCAGUGUGGAUGGCGCCCCGAACUCCCAUCGCGCCAGUGCCAAAGCCAGCAGCCAGUGUGUGUUGAAGGGCGAGGCGGCCGCGCCGGAGUACCCCCAUAGUAACCUCGGCACCUCCCUGCCAGCCUCACUGCCCCCGCCCCCCGCUUUGAAGCCCCUGGAACUGGGCCAAAAUUUACAAAUGGACCCCAAGGCGGACAAACCGGAGAAGAGUGACAAAUUAACUGACAGGAGUGCCCCCCCCUCCCUGCUGCCCCAAGCUGCCACCAUAGCCCAGCCACCGCCCCCGCCCCACCCCCAUCACUACAGUCCCACUGGAUGGGGAGGAGCUGCUUCCAGUUGCCCAGGGAGCUGGGGCUUCUCCCGUUACCCGGGUAACCACCACUCUCACCAGCAACAGCCUCCGGUGCAGCAACAAUUGCCCUCAGUGUACAACCCCCCCUCCUCCAGACAUUCCUCCCACCCCCCCUAUCUGCCCCACCCCCACCCACACAGAGAGUACCUCCCCAGGUAUGGAGGAGGUGGGGAGCGGGAGCGGGGUGGCGAGAGAGAGCGGGGGCUCCGGGAGUUCGGGGGGAGGGAGAUCAAUCGGGAAUUCUCUGUCAGCAUUGGAAGCUCUGGGACUGGAAUGGCUAACAGCGGUAACAUGAGCGUCGGCGGUCCCAAUGGCAGCCAAGCAAGGGAUUUUGGGAAUUUGCCAGUGGGUCAGAGCCGAGAUUAUUCCAGAAUGGGCUCGCAGGGCUCCAGCAGGGAGGGCUCCGGGUCAGGGGGCCGUGAAUUCGGGUCGAGCUUUGCAACCAGGGACAGGGAAACCGGAAGAGAAUAUCUGCCGACCCCGAGCCAGUCACAGACAUGUGAGUUCAGCUCUGGGGGGGCGGGGCGUCUACGUGAGAAGGAGGGCCGGUGGGGCGAUUUUUCGGGGCAGCUGCGGGAGGUGGGAGGGAAUAACCCAGGGGGGGGUAACGCUGCGCCAUCGGGUGCCGCGGUGUCAGCAGGCGGGGUUCCCAUGACUCCACACCUGGGCCGGGAUGCCCAAACUUCGCCACAAGGGGGUGCCCCCACCCAGCCACCCUCUCUGGCGCCACUGGCAGAGCCCCUGGCCUCCACAAACAGAGAGUACCCGCCGCCUGUGGACUUUGGCGCCCUGCAGCAGCAGCCACUGCCUUCCUCCCAAACAUCCUCGUCUGGCUCUGACUCUCACACGCCCCACUUCCUCAGAGAGUACCCUCCAGCUGGGGCAAAAGAUUAUCCCCCAGCGUUGCCCCCAUCCACUGCUGCCCUGCCAACCCCCUCCAGAGAGUAUCACAGCCCCCCCAGCACAGCUGUUGCCCUGGGUCGUGAUUAUUCUCACCCCCACUACCCGGGCCAGACGGGCCCGGCGCAGCCAAGAGAUAGGGACAGAGAAAGGGAGCCCCCCCCCUCAACUCUGUACCCCAGCCGCUCUGGCCCGCAGCCCCCUACCCUGUCCCCUUCGUCCUCCUCUCACCCUCGCCCCCCAUCUGCACCGUACCCUCCACCCCCACCUCCCCCUCUCCCACCAUCCUCCCUCGCACAGCCACUCCCACCAUCCAGUCUUGGAGCCAAUCACGCCCGCCCAGGGCCGUACCAGUCCUCCAACCAGACUUUGACUCCUCCCGUUCCCCUUUCACCACUCCCCAGUCCCUCAUCCAAUCAGAUGACGGGAUUCCCCUCCUUCACGUCGGGCUCCUCCUCCACAGCUAGUGUCCCGCUCCCCGCAUCUGCUGCGGCGACCGCCUGUUCACCAGGGUGCCGCCCCCCCCACUACCUGAGCCACACCCAGUUCAGUGGUUCCACCUAUCAGCCCAACGGUGGCAGCACUAACAGCAGCGGAGCCAUUAGCAGCAGCAGCAACAGCAGUAAAAAUAGUAGCAGCAGCUCUCACUCCCACUCUUUGUCGCCUCAGAGUGCAUCCAAGGUCCUCCCGCCAGUAGGGGACGCUACUGGCCUCUCACUACCUGCUGCUGGUGCUCCCCCACCCAGCGAGGGGCUCACUGAUUCAUCCUCGGCUGCCCCGCCUCCACCCGUCAUUAAGGAGGAGCCAGCGGAGGAGAGAGAGGAAGCCGAGAGCCCGGCCCCUGUCCUGAGGAGCCCAUCCCCAGAGCCUAAGCCGGUGGACGUCCCGAUCCAUGCCAGCCAAUCAGCACGGUUUCACAGAGUGCUGGAUAGGGGCACCGGCAACUCAUGCGCCCGCAGUGACGUGCUGUUCGUGCCCCUGGAUGGCUCUAAGCUGUGGAAGAAGAGAAACGAGGCCAUAGAGCGUGCCAGGAGGGAGGGGGAGCAGCGCGCCCGGGACCUCAGGGAGAAGGAGAGGGAGCGGGAGAGGGAGCGGGAAAGGGACCUCGAAAGGCACCUGCAGAAGGACAGCGGCAGUGGAGGAGCCAGUGCGGGGCGCUCUGGGUCCUCGCUCUUCUUCCCACCGUCCUCCUCCAUCCUCCUGGAUCCUUCCUCAUCCUCAUCCUCUUCCUCCUCGCACCCAGGACCACAGCCUCACCACCACGCCCCACCCCACCACCCUCCGCACUCUCACCCACUGCACCCCCCCCAUGCGCUGCAUCCCACGCUACCCCACCCACUGCCGCACUCCCUGCUGCUGCCUUCCAUGGGCGGGGCCUCUGCCGUGGUGGCCAAUCCCCAGGGGGCCCUGAGUGUGGGGUUAGGGGGGCCCUACCUGGGGCCUGACACACCAGCUCUGAGGACUCUGAGCGAGUAUGCACGCCCACACACCAUGUCACCCCUGGGAGCUGCCGGCCGGGCCCCGGCCCACCACCCCCAUCUGCACCCACACGCCCACCCCCACGUGCACCCCUCCUUCUUCCUGCCCCAGUUCCAGAACCCAGCACUGGGCCACCCCCACCAUCUCCCAGCUGACACGGCUGCCGCUAUUUUGGGCUUCCUGUAUGGGGGCGGCCUGGAAGGGGGACCUGGGGUUGGGACACAUGGGGGCCCAGGGCCGGGCCCGGGAGGCAUGGCCGGUGGCCUGGGAGGGAUGGGCUUUCCCCACGCCAUGGCGCAUAGGGACCGCAUGAAAACAGGGUUUGAGUUUAAGAGCGAGGAGCGGGUGUACCAGGCGGGGGUCAUGCCGGACCCGGGGCUGACUCUGUCCCACUCCGACGCCCACUCCCUGCUCUUCAGUAGGGCAGGGGGGGCUGCCGCUGACAUUUCUCUGUAUGGCACCCCGCCACCGCCAGCCCCAGCCCCGCCCCCGCUCCAAAACACAGCCCUGGCUGCGUCAAAUCGUGCCUCAAACCCCGCCUCCCAGUCCAUCUCAGCCCUCCCGCCAUCUUCUGUGCUCCCACCCUCUCUCCCCAACCACCCUACUCCCCCCGUGGCUCCUGCCCCGCCCGCCCCGGCCCCACCUCCUCCACCUCCAUCCAAUCCCAUCCCAUCGCUCCAUCACCCCUCCGCACACUCCUCCUUCCCCCAGUCCCUCUCUUCACACCCCCAGCCAGCACCAGGCGCCCCUGCCCCGGCUGAGAACUACCCCCUGCAGGCCCGCUCGCCUGGCGCUGCUGAGAGAGUACCGGGGGGCGAGAGGGAGAGAGAGAGGGAGAGGAGCAGGACGGCACCUUCUUCGGGAGAGCGGGAACGGGAGAGGGAGAGGGAGAGAGAGCGGGAGCGAGGAGGAGCAGGAGGAGGGGGGGAAUCCCUGGGGAGGCUGCAGAUGCUGAACGUGACACCACAUCACCACCAGCACUCCCACAUCCACUCCCACCUGCACCUGCACCAGCAGGACACAGCAGCGGGCGGGGUGCACCCCCUGAUGGACCCCCUUGCCUCGGGGUCCCCGCUUGCCCGGCUACCCUACCCUGGGGCGGCCCUGGGCCCCCCCAUCCUGGCACACCCCCUCACUGACAGCGAGGUCCUCCGGCAGCAGCUCUUCGGUGCUCCGUUCCGCGAUUUGCCCCAGCCUUCCUCCCUGACCGGCCCCGUGUCUGCGGCCCACCAGCUCCAGGCCAUGCAGCAAGCCCAGAGCGCCGAAAUCCAGAUCCAGAGGCUGGCGCUGGAGCAGCAGUGGCUCCACCAUCACCACCACUCUCUCACACAGGACGAGUACUACAGUCACCUGAAGAAAGAGAGUGACAAGACUUUGUGACGGGGGAGGGGCGGAGAGAGAGAGGGAGACACCACCAGUCCCUGGGCGAAUCGGCAGUGAGGAAGAUGCGCACACAACCCAAUGAAAUCUCUGAGGGCGGGACAUGAGUGGAAUCCGGAAUGCACUGACUGGGGGAAGAGGGACACAUUAGCAGCACAGAGGCCCAGCGACACGGGACAUAGAGAAGGACAGCAGAUCUGGGCCUGAUGAGAAGAGCACAAGGAGGGCACUGUCAGGAAGAGUGAAAAACGAGGAAGGGCAGCUACGUGGGACAGCGCAGGGCAGAGCCUGUGUAAUAUAUCCUGUACAGUAGGCCAAGGACUGACAUAUAGGACGUGUACUAUACAUCAUGCCAGGAAAAUUGUAAAUAAAGUUUUGUUUUAUUGUCACUGCAUGUAGCUAGAUGCUGAAUUUUAACUGGUGCAGAUCUUUUUAGCAAACCCCAUUUAAUAAGCAUGCUUCAGACCUACAGUUUAGUGUCAUAUUAUUUUGAUUAUUAAUAGUGUUAUUCUUAAUGUUGU